AUGGCUCGCGGCGCGGCUGGGAUGUUUGGCGCCCUCGUCGUCCUGACCAUGGCUGCCGCGGCUCCAGACUACCCCGGCAAAUACGUCAUCAAGAAUGCGGCCAAUGGAAGGCGACUGGGGAACAGCGGGCUGGGAUUCUUUGCCACGGCGUAUGGGCCCAUCACGGAGGAGCACAUGUGGAGAAUCCAUGCUGAAGGGAACAACAGCUUUAGCCUGAGCAACGUCGCUUCUGGCAGUCGCAUCCUGGCGCAGACGGGCUUCGACGGGGCGCAGGGCUUCUUUACCGUGGCGGAUGGCCCAGUCUACCAGGACCAGAAAUGGCAUCUCAUGAUGCAGAGCGAUGGUGCCUUCGUCAUUGCCAAUGCGAAGUCGGGACGAAAGAUCUGGGCUGCGGACGAGGGCCGAUCAGGCAGCUUCGGCGCCUCCGCCCUGGCCUCCGAGGGCCAAAGCUGGUGGCUGAUCAGGCAAGACAUCGAUGAGUCUCGCUGGCUUCGCGCUGAGCUUGCUGCAGAGCGGCAGAGCACGGCGAUGCUGGUAGCCAAGGUAGAGGAGCGAGAUGCGAAGCUCGAGAAUUUCCAGCAGCGGACCGAGGCAGGAUGCCCCCUGGGCGCUGCGCCGUGGCGCCCGCCGGAUCUUGGGCAUCUUGGGGCCUGGGAUUGGAGCUCAGCCGAUCGGACUCUCUCCCUGUACCUGCUGACAGGCCUGCUGCUUCUGGGCCUGCUGAACAUCCACCUCAACCUCCAGCUCCAGAAAGAGCGGGGCGCCGGUCGAAGGGAGGAGGUGGCUAGCGACGCCGUGUCCCCCACUCCAGCAUUUUGUGACGCAGGGCCAGGCUUGGGCCACGACUUCGGGUACCACAUUUUGGACACAGAUGUGAAUGGCACGGCCUUUCGAUUCAUCAAGAUCCAGUGCCCGGGCGUGGAGCACGAGGACGUCAGCGUUGACCUCCUCUUCAAUGGAUGCCAGGUCCGGCUUUCACGCCGCGCUGCCUGCGGUGUUGCGGCGGCAGCGUGGGCGAAGCGCUUUGAGUUCCCCCAUGAGGAGGGAAUCUUCGAGUUCCGGGAGGACCAGAUGUGCUUGGAGCAUGGUUUCCUUCAUUUGGCCUUCCGCACACAUCCCUUCCAGAGCCGGCGAGUUCGCUUCCCACGGCACUUCACGCUGACGGCGACCGACACGGAUGACUGGUGGGACUACCCUGGAAAGCGACAAGCGCCGCCUUGCGCGCCUGCGGCGCCGGAGCUCGGCAAGCCUGGCAAGAUCUGCCCAGAUGGCAAGGCUUCGGGCGAGGUUGCGUCCUCGACGCUCUUGCAGAGAGCACAGGACCCGCUCGCAGCAAUGAUCGCCGGUGGCGAGAAGGUCCUGAGAGGCUAG